GUGUAAUUGUUUUCCGACAAUUGACUGUUUCAUUUCUAUAGAGAAUGUACAUUUGACAAUGUAUUAAAAAGAUAAUCCUUAGAGAGGAGACGGAUAUUUUUUAUGCCGUUUUAUCCUGUUAAAAGUUUUAAACAAAUGUUGAUAUGCAAUUAAUGCUGUUUGAUGAAUGGAUCUUUUAAACCAAAGCAAUGUUAACACUACACAAAUCAACAACGGAUGUAUCUUUCUGCAGUACAAUUUGACUGUGAAUGAUACAGGCUUACACGUAUGUGAAAACACUACAGCAGCAAACAGUGUUGAUGAAGGCGCAUAUGACGGAAGAUUCUUGUACAUUAUUGUAGUGUUGUGUUUCUAUGGUCUUAGCAUGGUGCUGUUAAUGGUUAAGUAUGUUCGCCGAGAGGAAGAGGAAGUGUCUUUAGAUUUUUAUUACACGGAAUACGUGAAACGAGAACAGUUCAGUUGUGCCCGUUAUCAAAACAAACUAUUGUUAGAGAAAACGAAAAAGAAUGCCAUAGUCUUUAAACUUUUGACAGAAAAUAAGAAAAUUAAUGCAUAGUUAUUAUCAAAACUUCAUUUUGAGAUCGGCAACUUUUCUCAACGUUAAAAACGUCAAACUAUGCAGUACAAGUGAGGCGUAAGGCGAGGCUUUUUAUUAGGCAAAGUAUUGCCUAAAUUGGUUGAUUACAACACAAAUUUUUAACUUUCAUAUCGUGUGGUUCUCUUUUUUUUUAAAUUUUCUCUCACUAUCCUGCUUUCUAUGCACGGAUUUGAUAUUUUAAACAUUUAUAGCCGUUUUGUAAUGACUAAAAACAUAAUAUUCUUAUUAAACCAACCCGAUGCUCAAGAGCCAUAGAUAUUUUACAUGUGUCGUCUAUCCGUGAGUCCAUAUUCAAUUCCGGUGUGGAGUAUAAAUUUGUUAUGCUAAGGGUAUUUUCUAUUUUUUUAAAUUGAAAGCCUUAAUGUUAGCUAAAAUUGCAUUGAAAUUGAAGCAGCGUUUUACAAGAAAAAAAGCCUUUAAAAAGUAUUCAGUUUUCUUUAUAUAACACAUACAAAAUUAAAAAUAAAAAAAAAGUACAAGAGCAAACGGAUUUGAGUUAUCCCCCGUAGGACAUUGAACAUAAUCAUCGAUGAUGAGCUAGUUUGAAACCCAGGAAAUUUAAAAAGGUUGUUAACUUCUACGUCAUUUGGUCUAUGGUAGAGAGUUGUCUCAUUGGCAAUUAUAUCAUAUCUUCUUAUUUUGAUAGGUUGAUGUUCCCUAUAUCUGUUUCACUCACAUGGCCAAAAAGAACAGUUUUCAAUAGUUUUACAUGUAUCCGUGAAAAUUAAGCGCUACAUGUUGCUGUCGUAGGCAUUUUUAUAUAGAUUAGUAAAUUGUACAUGUUUUUGUAAGAUUUUGAAUCGAAGGACGUCUCUAACCAACAUAUAUUAAAGUUUAACUGAACAACAAUAAAUAUCUUUAUUUUCAAAUUUCAACAUAAUUUAGGUUUGCUUGAUGAUAUUCUUUGUGAACAUGUUUGGGACAAAUACUCCAAAUUUGCUAAAAUCUGUCAAAGUUGCUGUUUUAGGGUAUCGUAACUUAGCGUUUAUAUUCUGGUUAUCUGUUUAGAAAUAAACCUACAUAUUAAUUCUAACUUUACAUACGAUACUGUGAAUUUUAGCAAAGAGUGAGAGACUUUUUUUAAAUGCGCAGGUGAAAUAAAUUCACCUAGUUUUAUUAAAUUGAAAUAAAGCUUUUUUGGUAACACAUUUAGCUUAAAUCCUUUCGUUCAACUUCUGGAGUUUCAUUCGUGUUAGCGUUGUAGCCAAACCAAUGCAUACUUGUAUUAGGAGUCAAUCAGUUUUGUAAAUAUAAGUGCCCUUUAGUGAAAUUACAUCAGAACAAAACAGGAGACUAGCUAACGGGCUGAUUUAAGAUAAUAACAUUCAUCGAAGCCUUUAAUGACAACGACAACGCACUACACCCACUGGAUUGGAGGCUUUUGUUAUGGGACAUGCACAUAACGAAUGUGGCGGGUUAAACAUGUUUGUGAACGCUCAAUCCUCUCCUAACUUAGGAUAGUGGUGUUACAGCAAAAUAUUUAAAAAAAAAACUAUAAAGCAGUCAGAAAGGGCUUGACUCAUCCGAUCCGUACUUAUCACAAAAAUACUACUAAUAUAAACACAAUACAGUUACUGAAAUCUCAGAGUUCAAAGCCAUGCAAUUUCAGCUAAGUAAAUAUACCGUUUUUCUCAUAAUAAAAUAUCAAUCAUUUUACUUCCAACGUAUUUAGUAAAAGACGUCAUAAGUCAUACCCUUCUAUAUAUAUAUACGAAGUUGCGAGACAAGACAAGACGGCACUGCAGGAUUAUGCAUGUGUACACUCUUCAGUGGCAAAGUAAGAUUAUAGCUUUAAAAAAGGCAACUCCAAGGUUCAGGAACUAAAAUUACCGUGGUUUUAUGUUAAUUUUGAUAUGAUUUUUUUUUUUUACUAUAGCAGUUAAUUUCUCUUAGUUCUUGAAAUCCUAGUCUAAAUCAAAUAAAAGCGCAUGACACAUCUUUCCAUAUAAUACGCAAUAUGUAAUAUAAUUUAAAAAAAUCAUAUGUAAUUGUUAACGCCAAUAGGACGGAAAUCGACAUCGCGAUCAAACAAUAACAAGAUACCCGAAAGUCCAGAUACUAUGACAUACAUUUUAUCAUUAUCUAUGGUUACUUUUUAUUUCUGAAUUACUUUUAAAUUAGUAUUACACAGAUUUGAAAGGAGUGCAUAACCACUGACUUUUGUUUGCAAUUUAUUUUUUAAAAUUCCAGAAUUUUCUCACCAAGUUCCGUGUUUAGAGGACGAAAAUGACUGUAUGUUCCGAAGGAGUUUGGUCUUAUUAUAUCUGAGAUAACGCAUUUUCUUUAAAUUGUACUCUGAUAACAUACUUACGUACUAAGUUUUGAACUGAUGAAAUAGCUUUAAAUAUAUAUAUUUAAUACAUUUUAUUCUCAUAUUUCAUGUUAUGUUACGUAUUAUAUACCUACUAUUAAUGGACGAACAACUCUGCUAUAAUUUUGAUCUUGUUGAUUUUCUAAUCCUAACUUGAGUUUUACUUCCGAUAUUUUUUUUUAAAUUCAUGAUAUUUUACUUAACUGAAACAGGCUAUAGUUGUCUUACCUUUAAAUUCUGCACUUCAAUGAAGGCGUCUGCUCACAUAGGUGUUUAGCAUAAUAGGAAAGUGAAGAAAUGUCUAAGAAUGUUGCUGAAUCAAGCAUUUAUUAAGGCAUAAUUAACAAAAAUGAUUUUCAUCAGACGAUUUUGCUACGUUGUGUUAUUUUUUAGUUUGGAAUUUAAAUUCUCGUUAGGACAAGAUGCUAAGGCUUUGUUUCCUGAUAUCCUGAACUUGGCCACCCGUUCUAAUAUAACAACAAAUGCCACAUGUGGACUUCAGGGAAAAGAAAAAUUCUGUAAAUUAGUGGAACAUGUCAAAAUUUUUCCUGGGGAAAAUCGACAUUGUGAUGUAUGUGAUGCCAGAAGCCAAGAUAGACGUCAGCAGCAUCCUAUCUGGAAUGCCAUCGAUGGAAGUAACAGGUGGUGGCAAAGUCCAUCAUUGACCAAUGGUGACAAAUAUAACUAUGUCACAAUUACACUUGAUUUAAAACAGGUCUAUCAAGUAGCAUAUGUGAUAGUAAAAGCAGCUAAUGCCCCUCGUCCAGGCAACUGGAUUCUUGAAAAAUCUGUAGAUGGUGAAAAUUUUACGCCAUGGCAGUAUUUUGGGAUAACACGCUUAGACUGUCUCAGGGAAUAUGGACUACCAGAUACGUAUGGUAUACCUAACUACCUCACAGAUGACCAAGUCAUAUGUACAACUAGAUACUCAAAAAUAAAUCCAUUAGAAAAUGGUGAGAUUUUUGUUUCCCUAGUCAAUGGAAGGCCUGGUAUAAAUAAACCAAGUUCUAAAUUAUUGCAAUUUACCUCAGCCAGAUAUGUUAGAUUAAGAUUUGAGAAGAUUCGUACAUUGAAUGCUGAUUUGAUGACUCUUAGAAGUUACUUUAGUACAAAAUAUAUAGACCCAUCAGUUACAGAAAGGUAUUUCUAUUCAAUUAAAGACAUAUCCAUUGGUGGACAAUGUAUUUGUUAUGGUCACGCUGGGAACUGUCAACCUGUAAAAAACACUGAUAGAUUAUCAUGUUCCUGUAUCCACAACACUUGUGGUAAUAACUGUGAGAAAUGUUGUCUAGGAUAUCAUCAGAAGCAAUGGCAACCAGGUCAUCUUGGGGAAGGAUGUGAAAAGUGUAACUGUCACAAUCAUGCAGAUGACUGUGUUUACAAUGCUACAGUUGAUGCCAGAGGUUUAAGUUUAGAUUUCAAAGGAGAAUAUAUUGGAGGUGGUGUAUGUCUGAACUGUAGGGACUAUACUACUGGUAUUAAUUGUGAACAGUGUAUAGAUGGAUAUUACCGUCCCUCUAGUAUACCCCACACCUCACAGUAUCCAUGUAGGCAGUGCAGAUGUAGAGAAACAUUAGGGUCUACCGAUAGAUGUUAUACUGAUGAUAGUCAUGUUCAAGAGGGAUUACAACCUGGAGACUGUAUUUGUAAGCCAGGAUUUGGUGGACGUCAGUGUAAUGGUUGUGCCUAUGGUUAUUAUGGAUAUCCUUACUGUAAACCCUGUCCAUGUAAUCCUGCUGGGUCAGUUGAUCCUUCCAGAUGUGAUGGUAACUGUAUAUGUAAGCCAAAUGUGGAAGGACUAACAUGUGACCAGUGUAAACAGGGAUAUUAUAAUCUAGAUAGAAAUCAUCCAGAUGGUUGUAGGAAAUGUUUCUGUUUUGGUAUAUCAACAAUAUGCCAGAGCUCUGAUCUAAGAUUGAUGAAGAUAUCACACUUGUUGGGUGGAAUGGGUGGAUGGACAGUAACCACACUGACCACUGAGGGUUUUACAUUGUUUGUCCAACCUAACAAUAAGGGAUGGCUGGAGUACCUGUCUUAUCCAGCUUCUAGUCAGAACUCAUUGGACCAGACAGGUUCUGAUGUUAUAUACUACUGGCAAGCUACAAUCAAAUAUCUAGGCAACAGGUUAACAUCGUAUGGAGGAACAUUAGAGUAUAUACUACAAUAUGAUUUAGAUACAACAGUACCAUUCCAGAGACAUAUCUUUGAUGUUAAUGUGAUUAUUCAGGGAAGCAAUAUAACUUUAACCAGUGGUAAAGGCUAUGUCCGAGAGAACAAUGACCAUACUGAGAGACUGACAUUGACAGAGAAUAACUGGUACAGAAUGACAGAUGGAGGGAGAUAUGUAGACUUACAACCUGUCAGUAAACAAGACUUCAUGACAGUUCUAUAUAAUGUGGAAAGACUACUGAUCAGAGCUACCUACCAUACUGGACAGAAAACUAUGUAUUUAAAGAGUGUUACCUUAGAUACAGUUAGUGCCUCCUCUCCAAGCAACCUAACACUACCUACUGUAGAGAAAUGUAACUGUCCUCGAGGCUAUCAUGGAUUAUCUUGUGAGAGUUGUCUGCCUGGCUACAGAAGGGUAGAUGAUAUUGUCUAUGGAGGAAGAUGUCAACAAUGUCAGUGUCAUCAGCAUGCUGACAAGUGCAAUCCUAACACUGGAAAAUGUAUAGACUGCAAGGAUCACACUACGGGGGACAGAUGUGAUCAAUGUUUACCUGGUUACUAUGGCGAUCCUAUGAAGGGAACUCCAAUGGAUUGCAAAGCAUGUGCCUGUCCAUCAAUUGACCCCAGAAAUAAUUUUGCCACCAAAUGUGAAUGGCACCCUGUUAUUUUAAAUGAAGAUAAUUAUCAUUGUUUGGACUGUAGAAGAGGACAUGUAGGAGUACAUUGUGAACUUUGUGGUCCAGGUUACUAUGGUGACCCGUUGAUACCAGGAGGAUAUUGCCGAUCAUGUGAAUGUAAUGGAAACAUUGACUUGAGAGACCCUUUCAGUUGUGAUUCUAUGUCAGGAAGAUGUUUGAAAUGUUUGAAUAAUGCUGAUGGUGACCGAUGUGGUGUGUGUAAAGCUGGGUUCUACGGCACAGCUGUAAACGGGGACUGCUCAGCAUGUGAUUGUGACAGUUACGGGUCCACUGGUUUGUCUUGUGACCGUUUUACAGGUCAAUGUCAGUGUAAAGAAAACUUUGGAGGAAGAAAGUGUGAUCUAUGUCAGGACAAUCAUUGGGGUUUACCACUAGGUGGUGGAUGUAAGCCAUGUGACUGUAGCCCUGUUGGUUCUAGGUAUAGACAGUGUGACAGGAGGACAGGUAAAUGUCCAUGUAGACCUGGUAUUGGAGGACAGAAAUGUGACAGAUGUCUACCUGGAUAUUUUGGAUACUCACAGUAUGGAUGCAGAAGAUGUCAACCUUGCACCAAACCAGGGUAUAUCUGUGAUCCAUUGACUGGGGAAUGUGUAUGUCCCCCAUACACAACAGGUGUGCAAUGUGAAAGGUGUGCUUCUAACAGCUGGGAUUAUGAUCCUGUUAAGGGAUGUAAGCCAUGUGGCUGUAUGAGUGGAUCAUCAGUUAGUCAGCAGUGUGAUCUGAACACUGGUAAAUGUCGCUGUCUGCCAGAUUUCACAGGGAACAAGUGUGAUAGUUGUUUAUAUGGUUUCUACCGUUAUCCACAAUGUUUAUUGUGUUUAUGUAGUGCUGAUGGAACUGAUUUGUCCAGUUGUAACACCGAGGGUCAGUGUAAUUGUGAUGACAGGACAGGACAGUGUCAGUGUAAAAAAAAUGUAGAAGGAAAAGAUUGUUCCCAGUGUAAACCUAAUACCUUCAGUUUUGAUGCAGAGAAUCCCUAUGGCUGUACAGAAUGUUUUUGUUUUGGUAGAUCUUCCCAAUGUCGCCAGGCUAAUUAUAUUUGGUCACAGAUGACCUUUCCAGACAGAUCUGUAUUUGUGGAUAACAGAGUAUCAACUGUUAUACCCAGGAAGUAUAAAUUCUACAAUGUCAUCCCACAUGGUAAUUCACUUCCUGCUAGAUUGCCUGAUGGUGCUUUGUACUGGAGUUUGGCAAAGGAACCACUUGGGGAUAAGACUUUAUCAUACAAUGGCUAUUUGAGUUACACUGUUUCCAGUACACAGCAGACUGUUUCUACCAUCAGUCCACAAAUUGUUAUAGUUGGUAAUGGAUUUCAGUUAUUACACACUGGUACUACUGGACAAACACAUAGAGUUAAACUACAUGAGAGUUAUUGGAAGGUGUUGGGUUUUGAGGGUACUGCUACAAGGAAAUUAGUUAUGGUUGUAUUACAAAAUGUGACAGACAUUCUACUUUUUGCAAGUCAUAAUAGAAAUAUUCAGUCAUUAUCACUUUCAUCUGUGAAACUAGAUGUAGCAGUUCUAGCCACAGGGAUUUCUUCAGGAAAAACAGCCGAUGGUAUAGAAACCUGUCAGUGUCCAAUAAAAUACUCUGGAUUGUCUUGUCAGGAUCCAUCUGAAGGGUACUAUAGGAUACAAUUCAAUAUUACUGGUGAGAUUUCAGAUCCUCUUGUUGUCAUUGGUGGAGUAAAACCAUGUGACUGUCAUGGGCACGCCAUCACAUGUGAUAAAGAAACAGGACAAUGUCAGAAUUGUGUACAUGGUACUGUUGGUAGGUUCUGUGAAUUUUGUGCUCCUGGUUACUAUGGUGAUGCCACAAGAGGAACAUCAUCAGACUGUCAACCAUGUGCUUGUCCUCACAUAGAUAACAAUUUUAGUCCCUCCUGUGAAGUGACUAGCGGACAGCUAGUGUGUACAAAUUGUUCUGAGGGAUAUGUUGGAAGGAGAUGUGAAAGUUGUGCAGAUGGAUAUUAUGGUAACCCCAGGAGAUUAGAUGGAAGUUGUAAGCCUUGUAGCUGUAACCUACAGGGAUCUGUAUCCUCUCGGUGUGACAGUAGGGGAAUAUGUGUUUGUCUGCCAGGAAUUUCUGGUGACAAAUGUAAUCAGUGCCAGCCAAGAUAUGCAGUUGAAAAUGGUGUUUGCAUUUCGUGUGAUGAGGGAUGUACCAGAGAUUUAAUGGCAGAAUUAGACAGAUUAGAGAGAAAUAUAUCCACUGUCAAUAUUACGGGUAUAAUUCCUGCUCCAUGGAAUAGAUUACUGAGAAUUCACAAUGAAACCAAAGAACUUCAGGAAUUGCUUGAUAAAAUGGAGUUUUCUGAAAUAUUAUAUAUAGAGGAUCAAACAAAAGAAGUUCAACAAAUGGCUGACAAACUCAUGGCUAGAUCAAUGAGAGCCCUAACGAAAGCAGAGACUAUAGAAACAGAUGCCAAUAUUCUGAAGAAGAAUGGUACAGCCUUGGCUGACAGUAUAGAGAAUAUGUUACAGGAUUUGAAAGAUGAAUUAGGAAAGUUAGAAGAUAUAGUAAAGAACUUAUACCACAAUGAAAGUGGGCUUAACAUCACUGCUGCUUUAGAGGAAGCCAAGGAAAUUAUGAAGGAGAUAGAACAAAGAAACUUUUCAAUGAAAAUAUCUGAAGCAUUCAAUGAAAGCAUGUUAGCAGAAAAAUUAUCAGAAGAGAUACUGAAAAUGAAAUAUAAACUGAUAAAUGGAACAGCAGAAGUGAAAAAGAAACUUGAUGACAUCAUAAGUCGUCUGCUUGACCUUCAGGACCAGUCUCAGAAGUCUAAAGACAAAGCCCUAGAAGCUGACACCAUUAACUAUAAUCUUGCUUAUGACUUGAAACAGUUACAGGACACUAUAUAUGAUAUAGAAAUCCAUGGAGAUAGGACUACUGUAGCUUUAGGUAAAGGUCAUUCACUGAAUAUAAUGUCAUGGGCAGCUCUAAAUCAGACCAGAAACAACAUUAAAAACUUGGAAAGAGAAGCAAGUAGAUUAGACAUUGCCAUUCCUAGAUUAAAACAGAGGAUAGAAGAUUAUAGGGACAAAUUGCCUAAAAUUGAAAACUACACUGCUAUGGCCAUUAAGCAUGCUGAAAGGUUAUUGGAUCAAGCAGAAUACUUAGAAAAGACAUUUGAGAAAACAAAGGCUGAUGCAGAAAUUCCUUUGAAGGCAGCUAGAGUGUACAGUACUAUUGUCAAAGCUGUUGAUGAGGCAGAAAAGGCAGCAAAAGAGGCGCUCAAGGCUGCUGAAGAUACUAUACAAAUUGCUGGUGUAGAUGAUAUAAAAAAUGAAGUAGAGAAGUCAUUGAGAGACAGUAGAAGAUUAUUGGAUAGGGCUACUGAACUGAAGAACAGAACAUCAAGUUUAGGCAGCCAUUUAAAUACAUUAAAAGGAGAUGUGAACAAAGUAGACAAUACCCAGGGAGAUAUAAGGAAUGGUCUUCAGGAUAUUAGAAAUGGAAUAGAUACCUUGCCUAGAGGUAUCUCUAAUAGAGCCAGAACAGUUACAGAUGAUGUAGCCUUGAUAGAUAAUAAAGUUCUUAGUACCCAUGCUAGGGUGGAUGCUGUUAAAGAUAAAAUUGACAACCAGUUAUGGCCUAAAUAUAGAGAAAUAAGAGACUUUUCUGUGGAUAGAUAUGUCAUUGAUACGAGAAAUUCAAUUGAUAUUGCAAGAAGAAACAUAGUCGGGAUGGAAGACAUUAUAGAUGACGUGGAGGCAGCUCAAAACAGGACAAAAGAUGCAGAGUCUAAUAUGAUUGGUAAACUUAAACUGCUGAAAGACAACAUAGCCCAGGCUAGAGCGCAGGCUGCUAAGGUCAAAGUGUCAUUGUUAUCGGGUGGUAAAUGUGCCAGAUCUUACAGAGCAAAGUAUAAACAAGCAGCAACUAACAGUAUCAACUUUAUCUUUAAAACUAAUCAGACAUCCCAGGACAUGCUGCUCGUCUUAGUCCAAAAAUCUGCUCAGGAAUAUCUGUCUGUAGAACUGAUAAAAGGUUAUUUGAGGUUUGGUUGGGAUGUAGGGGAUGGACCAUCCGCUGUGGAUAGUCCCAGGAAAAUUAUCCACCAAGAUGAUGCUGUCAAUGAAGUAGAUAAGUGGUAUAAAGUGGAGGCACUCAGAAUUCAGAAUAUUGGAAUAUUGAAAGUAGCACCUGUUAAGGAUAUGUUGAAUGUAGAAGAAAGCAGGGAAGCAUCUCCAGGAAUUAAAUCUACACUAAAACUGGAUGAUACUACACAGCUGUUUGUAUCUGGUACUCAUAUCAAUCAUAUUAGACCCCCUGCUGUUACCAAUGGAAACUUUUCUGGUUGCAUAAGUGAACUUUAUUUUGAUGAGGGUCGUAUAGGUCUACAUGAAUUCAAGACAUCAUCACCAUUAUGUGGAGGCUGUAGGGAGGCACCUACUGCUGCAGCAUCAGCAUCAACAUUCCAUUUCCUGGGAUCAGGAUAUGCUUCUAUCUCCAAAAUACCCAAGUAUAAUAGUAGAGAAUUCCAGAUAAGUUUCCAUUUCAAAACAUUCUGGGCUAAUUCUACACUGUUGUUUGCUGGAAAUGAACAACUGGGAGACUUUUAUUACUUAGGUUUAGAGAACGGAAAGUUGGUGUUACAGAUAUAUACUGGUGGUGUGACAUUUUGUAGGCUGUCCUUAUCAGAAAACCUUGAAUAUAACAAUAAUAAAUGGCAUUUUGUGGUAGCAGACAGGAUUGAUCGACAGGCUUUGUUGCAAGUUGGUGGGGAGAGGACAGAAUGUGAGGCCCCUGGAACAAACAAUGGUCUAGAUAUACUUGGGAGCAAGUUUUAUUUUGGUGGUUAUCCAGAUAGUGUUGACACUACAGAAUUUAAAAAGAGGGGAACCUUUGUCAACACCAAAUUUUUAGGCUGUUUGAAGGAUAUUCAGUACCAAGGAUCAAGAAAUAGAGUAGACCUGCUACAAGAGGAGAUUGUUGGGGUACAAGCAGGAUGUCCAGAUGAGGGUUACAGAAUUAUUGGUUUUUAUGGGAAAGGUUAUGCUUACUACAAAGCUCAGUCACUUCCAGAAAGUCAAGGGGGAAUAACUCUGUCUUUCAGAACCUUGAAACCAAAUGCUUUAUUGCUGUUAGCCAGAGAUGUUGAUGACAGGAACUAUUACACCUUAGCUUUAAUAGAUGGUAAGAUAGAAGGAAGAUUUAGUGGUAAUUCUAUACCACAAAUCAUUACAUCGCAAGGAACUUACAAUGAUGGCAGGACACAUACUGUUGGAGUUCUUAAGAAAAAUCGAAUGAUAACAGUGUAUGUUGAUGAUGUGUUUAUUGGGGAGAAAACAUUACCUGUUGGUGUAACCAUUAUAGAAGUUACACAGCUAUUCCUUGGUGGCAUAGGACUGCCUACCAGCCAAGAUUUAGCACCAAACUUUGAAGGAUUGUAUGGGUGUAUGAAUGAUGUUGUUAUCAAUGGAGAAAUAUUAAAUUUAAAUACAGAAUUGUUUGAGAAUGCUGAUGUUGGAAGAUGUUCUAUCCCAGAACCUCCUGAAGAUAACAGCCAAAAUUUGGAUCGACGUACAACACCAUCGUCAUUAGUCACUCCUGCCGUUACUCUGAAACCUGUUACUAAAUCAGCUCAGGCUAUACCGACUACCAGUAGUAGUAUACCUGGAUGUGCGGUACAAUCUGAUCGGGCUCUUGAUCCGUUUAUGUUGACCUUUGGUAAUGAGGAGGGAGAUAGUUAUGGUGAAAUAAGUAAUAUAGCAAAGAAUCAUAUCAACGUUAGUGAUGAUACCAUCUGGUUCAACAUUAGUUUUGAAUUCAGAACAUUCCAUCCAGAAGGUGUGUUUUUCUUUAUUGGUAAUCCUUCCAAUAUAAGUGGAGAAUAUGUAGCUGCUCAGAUUUAUAAAGGCUAUGUAAUGGUGAUGUUUAAAUACAAUAGUACUCUCUACAGUGUAAACUCUACCAUCAAAACAGCUGAUGGAGAUUGGCAUUCUGUCCAGGUUUUAAAAGGAACAAAAAGUGUCAAAUUGCAAGUAGACAAGAACACAAAAAGGAUUAAAAUAAAAAGGAAACUUAACAUUGAUGCUCCUGUAUUUGUUGGUGGAGUUUCCGAGGAAUUAAAGCAACGCCCAGAACUAGUUCAACACAGCUUACGAGGAUGUUUAAAGAAUUAUUACAUCAAUGAUCAGAUGAUUUUAAUCAAGGAUGCAAAAAUUGUUAAAGGUGUUACUAAAUGUUAUGUGAAUGUAGAACCUGGAGUGUUCUUCACAGGAUCAGGGUAUGGUAUAAUAGAUAGAAACUACAGAGUAGGUGAUCGAAUGACAAUAAGUUUUGAAUUUCGUACACACAGAUCUGAAGGAUUGAUAUUAUCACUAAGUAAUGGUGAAUCGGGACCUGCACUGACAGUAGAACUGUAUAAUGGCAGGAUCCAGUUUUCUGUAUAUAAUAGAGACAGGUACUCAGUUGUGUCAGAAAAUUCUGAGUUUGAAUUAUGUGAUAAAUCAUGGCACACUGUAAAUGCUGAAGUUGCUGGAGAUGUUAUAGAAUUAAUAGUUGAUGGGAACAGUCCAUUGUAUGGUGUUAGUUCUUUCAAAGAUACAGAUAUAGAUACCUCAGCACCUUUAUUCAUUGGAGGCCUUUUAGAUCCAGCUAUGAAACAAGAAGCUGCAUUGACAACACAAGGAUUUGAAGGAUGUCUGGGGAAUUUUAAGAUUAAUUCCGCUCCGGUGGACUUUUUCAAUCUAGUACAAUCAUAUGACAUCCAUAAAACAGAUUGUCCAGUAUAACAAAGUCUUUCUACACAGUGCAAUAAAUUAAUGGAUUUUGAUUUUGUGAAAUCCAUAUACCAACAAUUUCUCAGGGCAAAUCAGCAAAUAUAUUACUUUAAAAUAACAAACUUAGAUUGUGGUAAACCAAAUCUGAAAUAUUCUUUUGUAUAAAUGGAAAAUUGACUUUAAAUGGCAUUAUGUAUAUGGUGACAUUAAAUAAUUGCAAUUCAUCUUUAUUGUAGACAAUAUGAUUAAUGAAAAAGUAUCAGUUAUUGAGGUUUGAUUUCUUUUUUUAACCUGUCCAUGUUCAGGUUGAAGGGUAUGAUUGAUUAACUUGAACUUUUAUAACCUUUGAUGUUAAUCAGAAAGGUCAUUGUGAUUUGCUAAUGACAAUCAGACAUAUUUCCUCAUGUCUUUCAAAGUUAUGUAUACUCCUGUCUAUAAACAGAAAGCUUCCAGUAGUAGUAUAGAAAGUAGAGAUUGUAAGACACAUUGUAUUGUGGUUAGCUAUUGAUGUUGCAGUCAUUGAGAUUUCUCAAACUCCUAUCUUUGUGUAAAUUGAACCUCAUUGGAAAAAAAUAAAGGCAUUGGCUUACUUUAAAAAGUUAUGUUUAAAUGUUCUGUUGAAUGUAUAUCUAAUUAUCGUUUGGUGCCUUUUUACAUCCGUCCUUUGUUCCAUAAAAAUAUACAUGAACAAUUGUGCAUGGUGUAAAUGGAAUACAAAUCAUAGUUACGCAUGUUUAAUUCCUGAAACAAAACUAUCUAGCAUUGAAUUUAUUUUUAUAUUUUCCAAUGUUUCCUACAUUAUUCAACAAGUAUGAAGAUUUUGUGAUAAAAGAAUUGUCAGUCAUAUUAUAGAAGCAUUCAAUUUUACAAUUGGUAAUGUUUUCAUGUUUUUUGCUUUAAAAAAUUGGUAAGUCAGUCUAUGUUUUAAUAGGCACUAGGAUGUUGAUUAUAUGGCAAAAUUAAACUGUAAUUUUUAAAACUUUAUCAAGUACUAUCCUCAUAAUAAAUAAAUUUUGGAUUUUACAGUAUACAUGCAUUUCAAUUUUUCUGUUAACUCAAUUUUCUAUCCAAUACAACAUGAAUUCGUUUAAUUUCAUUGGAUGUUCAUAUCUAAAAUAAAGCAAAACUAGAUCCUAUUGAAUGUAUUCUGCUUGAACAUCAAAAAUUCAAGUUUCCUUGUAAACAAAUAUUAUCCAACCUAUUUACCAGGAUUAUGUUUUACUGUAAAAUAUAGAAUUCUUUGCAAAAUAAUUCGGAUAAACUUUGUAAGACGUAACACCACCAAAUUGGGCCCAGUCAAAAAGAACAUACUGGAAAAUAGUACCUAUUUAAAACAAAAUAGUUCCUACGGAUAGGUGUAAAUAUCAAACUAUGUAGAAUAUAUUUUGGUAAUUAAGAUAUCAAAUGAAAGGUGAAAGACUGGUCAUCCUUGUAGAACACCUUUUUACUGAUAACUUUGAAUGAUACAAAAAUGUAUGAAUCUAAAAAGGAAGGCAUAUAUUGACUGUUUCUCAGUUAUGAAGUACCUGAUUUGGUAUACAAAAGUACUCCAUUUGCAGUAGAGGUUGUUUGACAUAUUUAAAUUAUUUCAUGAGCAAUAUUUUACAGACUUUCCAUAAAUUUUUGAGCAUGUGUGAAUAAGUCAGCCUUUUAUGUGUUGUUUAUUCUACGCAUGUUAUCCCAUUUAAUCUAGAAAAAAAUAUUUUUAACCAAGUAAAAAAUUCUUAAGAUCAUUAAAAAUUUGGGACAGAUUUAUUCAUUAUGCUUAUUUAAUCGCCAGAAAUAUGUAUGCAGCACUGGAUAAAACUAUUUUGAGAUUUGAAUCAAAGAUAGAAAAGUAUUGUGUAAAAAUUAAAAAUAUUCUACAAUAUAUAUUCUGCAGGAGUGUUGCUUCUACAAACAUUCUGGUCCUAUAAUUUUUUUAACCUACGGUAGGAGCUAUAUUUAACAAUACUGUCAACAUGUCUUAAACUUGAUAUCAGUUGGUACUAAGUUUUUAUUCAGUUGUGAAAAAUAUGUGAUAUUUUUUAUCACAAGCAUUGUAGUAAUUGUUAAUUGUAUUUAUACAUGUACAGUAACUUAUUGUGUAAUUAUUUUGUAAAACUUGUAUGUUGUAUAUGUGUAUUAAUGUAUAUUUUAAAUGAAUCAAAGAUUACAAUGUAGUGAAACAGAAUGGGUGCUAUAUGUAAAUGAUGUUAUGUAUUCAAUUUUAUACACUCAUAUGAUCUAUCUGAAAUUUUUAUACUUUUUAUCUAAUUAUUAAAAUCUUAAAAUAUU